AUGCAAGCAGGCCUCUUUGCGGGCCACCAAGACCACGCCAUCUCCCUCGCCGACUCUGCCUCUUCAUCCUCCUCCUCAUGGAUCCCCUCCUUCCUCUCCACCACCAAGAACACAGCCGCCGCCGCGCUCGACGCCGACGGGCGCGUGCACGACCACCCGAUCCCGCACCUCAUCGCGGACGCAGAGGCCGCGUUCGGCGCGAAGCUCGAGCGGCAGAGCAAGACGCUCGCGCAGGCGGCGGCGGAGUACCGGCGCCGGUACGGGCGCGACCCGCCGCGGGGGUUCGAUACCUGGUGGGCGUUCGCGGCCGAGCGGGAGUUUAAGAUGGUGGACGAGUUUGACGGGCUGGUGGAGGAUUUGGCGCCGUUUUGGAAUAUUAGUGGUGUUGAGCUGCGGAGGAGGGCGUUGCAGGCUGGCGAGCUGCCCUCGAUCGACCUUGUCCGCAUAAAAAACGGCGAGUCGGAGAUUAUCAAGGUCCCCUCGCGUUUCCAGGACUCGGAGGGAGGGUCUCGUGCUCGUGGCUUCGCGCGGCUUAUCGCUGAGUUCGUCGACUCGCUUCCGGACAUGGACUUCCCCAUUAACGCAAAAGCCGAAGGACGUAUCCUCGUUCCCUGGGAGCACAAGGCGUACCCGAACAUGACCUCGUUUGAUACUGCUGCUGGUAUCGAAGCCGUCCUCGGUAAGGACUUCCCCGCGGACUGGGCGGGCGGUGGCAACGUCUGGGACUCGUACCGGCGCACCUGCGCGCCCGACUCACAGGCCCGUCGCCUCCUGAGCGCAUACCGCAACCCGUCCGCAGACGCACGCAGACCGCUCAUUUCCUCGGGCUCUGCCACCAGCGCUGCCGCACAGGCUGAAGGAGGCGCUGAGGCCGCGUUCGUCGUGUCGGGCAUCAACGACGUCGACUUUUGCGAUCAGCCGCACGAGCACUAUUCGCAGGGCCACUUUUUCUCCGACUGGCGCACGUUCCCCGUUCUGUACCCUAUCUUUUCGCCUGCGAAGGCGAGGGGGUUCGCGGAUAUCAGGAUUCCGAGUCAUUAUUAUCUGGGCGGGAGUUCGAGAUAUACGUACGCGUUCGAUGAGAAGCAUAUCAAGGAGGGCGAGAUCGAUCCGAUGGAAGUGCCAUGGGAGGACAAGGAGGAGGUCAUAUUCUGGAGGGGUGCGACGACCGGUGGAGGGAGCACGCCUGGCGGGUUUUCACCUUAUUACCAAAGACAUCGUCUCGUCCGCAUGUCUGGCGACGACCCGCUGAAGAACCUCACGAUCCUGCACCCGGAUGCCUCCGAGCCGUCGGUGUACGCCGCGACGACGCUCCCGCGCGCGGAGGUGAACAAGGACAUCAUGGACGUCGCGUUCACGUCUGCGACGGGCGCGGGGUACCCCGGCGGCGAGAAGGCACUCAAGGAGGCGCACCGGUUCGCGGACGCUGUGCCGCUCGGGAAGCACUGGUCGUACAAGUACCUGAUCGACGUGGACGGGCAGAGCUACAGCGGGCGGUUUAUGAGCUUUUUGGCAAGCGACAGUGCGGUGCUGAAGAGCACGGUGUAUAAGGAGUAUUUCUCGGAUUGGAUUCAGCCUUGGGUACACUACGUCCCCGUCUCGUCGUCGUAUGCGGAGCUGUAUAACAUCUACACGUACUUCUCUGGGCCGACUCCCGCGACGCUCCAGGCCGCGAACCAGACACAGUUGGAGACGCUCGAUGCGCGCAAGACGGAGACGGAUGCGCAGUUGAAGCGUAUAGCAAGGGGCGGGAAGCAGUGGAAGAAGACGCUGGGGAGGAUCGAUGACAUGGAGGUUUACGUGUAUAGGCUGUGCCUCGAGUACGCCAGACUGUGGGCCGACGAUCGUGAGGCAAUGAGCUACACGUCCUGA